CUCUCGACCCCGAAAAAAGAUCAGAAUCACUGGCGAGUAGAGCAUCAUGGGAGGACGAGGAUGCUCGGCACCGACAUCACCCCGUUCGUUUAUCCGCCCAGGUCGACUAUCCACUUCGUCGGAAUCAUCAUCCUGUGCCCCAUGUUCGCCCUCCCCAGCGGGAACAUUGACCGGGUUUGGGCUGUCGGUAUCAGAAAUCACUUCCUCUUCCACCAUACUCAGACGAUCGUCAGGUCCCGUAUUCAUAUCGGGUGCCUAGGUUUCCCGCGUUUUGCUAUGCGUUCCUAGUGAGUAUCGAGGUGGGUAUCCUAACACGAGAUCAAGCUAGAGGGUAUCAAGGGCAUAUUUGUACUUACGGAUUGGC